ACCCUUAUCAGCACUCUGCAGUGGACCCUCCUUCACUCGGUCACAUGACAGGAGACACCUUGAUUCACGGCUCGCCGCCGUUAUCUCCAGAACCAGAACAAAAAGCUCCGAACGACAAAGACCGCACUGCAGCCGGGUCCACCGGAACCACAGCCGGGACCACCGGAACCACAGCCGGGUCCACAGGAACCACAGCCGGGUCCACCGGAACCACAGCCGGGACCACUGGAACCACAGCCGGGACCACCAGGACUGAUCAGAUCUGAGCUCAGGGGCUCCAGAAGUGGUGCCGCUCCGAACCUGCUGAAAACCAUUUAAACCAGUAGUUCAGGCGCUGCAGGUCUGCCGGACCCCAUCAUCAGAUAAAACAGUGGCUCUGCGGCGCCUCCAGAACCUUCAGGUCCGGUGACCUUCAGGUUACAGAACCAGAACCAGGCAAACAGAAACUCUUCCUUUCACAGGAUGCAGGAAGCGGUCCAGUUGCCACAGAGACGGGAGGCAGAGCUGUAGUUAGAGGCUGUUAACCCACUGGUUCCAGUCUGCACAGAACCAGAACCGGUUUCAGCUCAACUUUCAGAGGCGGAGGACCCAGCAGGAUUAAGUUAGGAGUCAGCGCGGCGCGGGGGUCUCUGCGGUGCUGGGGGGGCGGGGGGUUUAAUGAGGUGUCAGAUCCUCAGCUGUGAGUCCGUCACGCUCCCACGCUCGCUGCAUCCACGCCUCUCCUCUGCUCGCCGCAGCCGAGCCCGGGAUUUCUCUGCAGCCGGGUUCGCUGAACCCCGCCGGACUGGACCGGGGGUGUCUGAGACAUGCUGCCCGCCUCGGUUCAGAUCCUGGCGCUGGUCCUGGCCCUGCUGGGGGUCCUGGGGGCCACGGUGGCCACGCUGCUGCCCAACUGGAAGGUGAGCGCCAACGUGUGGAGCAGCAUCAUGAGCCCCGUGUCGCAGAUGCAGGGUCUGUGGAUGGACUGCGUGUGGUACAGCUCGGGGGUCUUCAGCUGCACCCUGAAGCACUCGGUCCUGUCCCUGCCGGCCUCCCUGCAGACCAUGCGGGCCGCCAUGGUCCUGUCCUGCCUGCUGGCCACCUUCGGACUCUUCCUCGCCUCGCUGGGGCUCAAGUGCACCCGCUGGGGGGGCAGCCGGCGGGCCAAGGGGCGCACGGCCGUGGCGGCGGGGGGCUGCUUCGUCCUGGCCAGCCUCCUGAGUCUGGUCCCGGCGUCCUGGUUCACCAGCGAGGUCAUCAGAACCUUCCUGACCACGGACCUGCCUGACAGCAGCAAGUACCAGCCUGGGGGGGCUCUGUGCCUCACCUUCAUCUCUGCGGGCUUCCUGCUGGCCGGGGGGGUCAUCUUCUGCUUGUCCUGUCCCGGGAACGGGUCGGGACAGACCGAGUACUGGUCCUCGGACAAACCAGACCGGCCGGGUCCGAAAAGAGGCGAGCAGCAGAACCGGCAGGACGCUCCCAACACGCAAAACAAGAGCGUGCAGCUGCAGACGGACCAGAACCUGGAUCAGGACCAGGUACAGCAACCCACUGUGGACCAGAACCUGGACCAGAGGCUAUACUCGUCCCCCUCCAGGCUCCGUCCAGACCCGUCCCCCUCCAGAACCCCUCAGAAAGACAUCAAGGACAGCUACAGCCUGCAGGAGUACGUCUGACCCUGCUGGAGUUCUGCUGCUUUCUGGAUCAGGACUGAGGGAGGUGGGCCGGG